GAACUGCAUGCUGUUCCAGGCAAUGUGCUAAUGCUAACCCAAUGUCCUAGUGUCCCCAGUGUCCUUCCAUAGGAUCAGACAGCUGGGGAAUGGGUAGUGAUGCUUUCAUGGAAUGUGUAUUUAAUUGUGAUAAAUGAAUGAUGUUGUAUGCAUUGAGUCCAGCCUACCUUGUCUCUCUAGCCUGAAAAGAAGUGAGUUUCUAGCUGCCAAGAGUCAGGACAAGGAUUUCUUUGUCUCACUGUACACCAGAGGGAGGACCUGAGCCCUUGUGCUGGGCUUUCUGCUCUACAGCUCCAAUCUCACAUGAACAAAUAGUGGGAAGGAGAGGAUGGCUUUGCAAUGAGGCAGCCCCAGCACUUGAAUUUCUUUGCGAAACACGGCGCUGUGGCACGGAGGAAAAAAAAAAUCCAUCUCUGGUUUUUCAGCACCUGGGAAGCAGCUGUAGCCAUGUGAAUCCCAUUCUGGAGGUUACAAUGGAUCAGUGAUUUGUCUGAUCAGGGAUAAAAAAAAAAGGGGAAUCAUUAUCAGGUGGCUGGAGCUUUAAGCGUCAAUUCAAGUUAGCAUGUGUGGGCAUCUGAGCUAAAUCUGCCAGUGGAUCCAGACAAGCAUUUUAAUUAAGUAGAUGAUCUCGUUUAACAGAAGCUUAUUGUGGGUGCAGGGAAGCAGGCACAGGAACACAAGGCUUCCCUUGAAGUGUUGCCUCCUGAAAUCCAGCGAUUGAGACAAUUCAGCACCGCGAGCAUGGACAGCUCCUCCUGAGCACCGCUUGUGCCUUUCAUUGUGUGGAUGCUUCUUUAAAUGACUUUUCACUUCUCACUGACGAUCAUGCUUUAUUUCCAGAUGGUGAUCAUGGCAGGGACUGUAAUGCUGGCUUAUUACUUCGAAUACACGGACACGUUCACUGUGAAUGUCCAAGGGUUUUUCUGCUUCGAUAGCACUUACACCAAGCCCUAUCCAGGACCUGAUGAGAGCAGCGACAUCCCCCCAGUUCUUCUCUUCUCCCUGGUCACAGGGGUGCCUGUGCUUGUGAUAAUCGUUGGGGAAACUGUAGUCUUUUGCCUACAGGUAGCAACAAGAGACUUUGAGAACCAGGAAAAAACUCUUUUAACUGGAGACUGUUGCUAUAUAAAUCCACUGGUGCGCAGAACCGUCAGAUUUCUGGGAAUUUAUACUUUUGGAUUAUUUGCUACAGACAUAUUUGUAAAUGCUGGACAAGUUGUGACAGGAAACUUGGCUCCACAUUUUCUUACAAUUUGCAAACCGAACUACACAGCACUUGGUUGCAACCAACUUACACAGUUUAUCACUGAUGCCAAUGCUUGUACUGGAAAUCCAGACCUUGUUAUCAAGGCAAGGAGAACAUUUCCAUCCAAAGAAGCAGCUCUCAGUGUAUAUGGAGCAAUGUACUUGGCUAUGUAUAUCACCAGCACGGUUAAAGCCAAAGGGACACGGCUCGCCAAACCUGUCUUGUGCCUGGGCUUGAUGUGUUUGGCUUUUCUUACUGGAAUAAACAGGGUGGCGGAAUAUCGCAAUCACUGGUCAGACGUCAUAGCUGGCUUUCUCAUUGGAAAAUCAAUAGCAGUGUUUCUGGUUGUUUGUGUGGUAAACAAUUUUAAAGGAAGACAAACAGAACAGGAAAAAUCGCCAAUUGACAACUUGGCGCAGAUGCCAAUGAUCAGCAUCCCACGGGUAGAAAGCCCCUUAGAAAAGAACCACAUCACCGCCUUUGCAGAAGUCACAUGAUGUUGAAACAGAUGCCUUUUCUCUGCACUGGACCUCCUCCCUCUUCACAGUCCACUCAUCUCAGCCGAGACAUAUUUGACAAGAGCGGGAAGUACAAGCUACAGUAUCUGGUCUAUUCAAUGAUUUUUACAGUACCAACAAUUUUGUCCGCAUCUGAAGGUUGUUUUGUAUUUACAACUUGUUUUUUUUCCUUACUUUUUUCAGAAAACCAUUGACGGUGUGUUAGAAAUGUGCACUAGUCAGUAUGUCCAAUUUCCAAGAUUCCCGAUCCUUAAAGCUCUUUAAUAACCCAUGUACAUACAGUUCCUUACUUUAGGUCACAUGUUUUGCUAUGGACUAUCUAACACUCACUUUAAGAAAAAAAAAAGUUUGUUUAAGCUAAUACAGCAUGACCUAUCUCUCAUUUUAAUUAAAUUGUACAGAAGACAAAAAAUAAGAAACUUAUUUAUGUUUUGUGCUAAAUACUGUUUGCACAUGGUAUUUUGCUAUAUAUUUCACUAUAUGAUUUAUACUUUAUGUUAUAUCAAGACUGGUGCUUAUGUUUUGAAGGGAAAAUGCAAAUUUUUACUGUUAUAAUUAAUGUAUCAUAAUUAAAAAUUUAUUUAUUUGGA